UAUAAUGGAUAGAUGGACUGACAGAAACAGUAUACUGAUAGAGAAAGAAAUAACAGACAGACGGACUGACAGAAGGGUAUACUGAAAGAGAAAGAUAUGAUAGACAGAUGGACUGACAGAAGGGGUAUACUGAUAGAGAAAGAUAUGAUAGACAGGUGGACUGACAGAAGGGGUAUACUGAUAGAGAAAGAUAUGAUAGACAGGUGGACUGACAGAAGGGGUAUACUGAUAGAGAAAGAUAUGAUAGACAGGUGGACUGACAGAAGGGGUAUACUGAUAGAGAAAGAUAUGAUAGACAGGUGGACUGACAGAAGGGGUAUACUGAUAGAGAAAGAUAUGAUAGACAGGUGGACUGACAGAAGGGGUAUACUGAUAGAGAAAGAUAUGAUAGACAGGUGGACUGACAGAAGGGGUAUACUGAUAGAGAAAGAUAUGAUAGACAGGUGGACUGACAGAAGGGGUAUACUGAUAGAGAAAGAUAUGAUAGACAGGUGGACUGACAGAAGGGGUAUACUGAUAGAGAAAGAUAUGACAGACAGGUGGACUGACAGAAGGGGUAUACUGAUAGAGAAAGAUAUGAUAGACAGGUGGACUGACAGAAGGGGUAUACUGAUAGAGAAAGAUAUGAUAGACAGGUGGACUGACAGAAGGGGUAUACUGAUAGAGAAAGAUAUGAUAGACAGGUGGACUGACAGAAGGGGUAUACUGAUAGAGAAAGAUAUGAUAGACAGGUGGACUGACAGAAGGGGUAUACUGAUAGAGAAAGAUAUGAUAGACAGGUGGACUGACAGAAGGGGUAUACUGAUAGAGAAAGAUAUGAUAGACAGGUGGACUGACAGAAGGGGUAUACUGAUAGAGAAAGAUAUGAUAGACAGGUGGACUGACAGAAGGGGUAUACUGAUAGAGAAAGAUAUGAUAGACAGGUGGACUGACAGAAGGGGUAUACUGAUAGAGAAAGAUAUGAUAGACAGGUGGACUGACAGAAGGGGUAUACUGAUAGAGAAAGAUAUGAUAGACAGGUGGACUGACAGAAGGGGUAUACUGAUAGAGAAAGAUAUGAUAGACAGGUGGACUGACAGAAGGGGUAUACUGAUAGAGAAAGAUAUGAUAGACAGGUGGACUGACAGAAGGGGUAUACUGAUAGAGAAAGAUAUGACAGACAGGUGGACUGACAGAAGGGGUAUACUGAUAGAGAAAGAUAUGAUAGACAGGUGGACUGACAGAAGGGGUAUACUGAUAGAGAAAGAUAUGAUAGACAGGUGGACUGACAGAAGGGGUAUACUGAUAGAGAAAGAUAUGAUAGACAGGUGGACUGACAGAAGGGGUAUACUGAUAGAGAAAGAUAUGAUAGACAGGUGGACUGACAGAAGGGGUAUACUGAUAGAGAAAGAUAUGAUAGACAGGUGGACUGACAGAAGGGGUAUACUGAUAGAGAAAGAUAUGAUAGACAGGUGGACUGACAGAAGGGGUAUACUGAUAGAGAAAGAUAUGAUAGACAGGUGGACUGACAGAAGGGGUAUACUGAUAGAGAAAGAUAUGAUAGACAGGUGGACUGACAGAAGGGGUAUACUGAUAGAGAAAGAUAUGAUAGACAGGUGGACUGACAGAAGGGGUAUACUGAUAGAGAAAGAUAUGAUAGACAGGUGGACUGACAGAAGGGGUAUACUGAUAGAGAAAGAUAUGAUAGACAGGUGGACUGACAGAAGGGGUAUACUGAUAGAGAAAGAUAUGACAGACAGGUGGACUGACAGAAGGGGUAUACUGAUAGAGAAAGAUAUGAUAGACAGGUGGACUGACAGAAGGGGUAUACUGAUAGAGAAAGAUAUGAUAGACAGGUGGACUGACAGAAGGGGUAUACUGAUAGAGAAAGAUAUGAUAGACAGGUGGACUGACAGAAGGGGUAUACUGAUAGAGAAAGAUAUGAUAGACAGGUGGACUGACAGAAGGGGUAUACUGAUAGAGAAAGAUAUGAUAGACAGGUGGACUGACAGAAGGGGUAUACUGAUAGAGAAAGAUAUGAUAGACAGGUGGACUGACAGAAGGGGUAUACUGAUAGAGAAAGAUAUGAUAGACAGGUGGACUGACAGAAGGGGUAUACUGAUAGAGAAAGAUAUGAUAGACAGGUGGACUGACAGAAGGGGUAUACUGAUAGAGAAAGAUAUGAUAGACAGGUGGACUGACAGAAGGGGUAUACUGAUAGAGAAAGAUAUGAUAGACAGGUGGACUGACAGAAGGGGUAUACUGAUAGAGAAAGAUAUGAUAGACAGGUGGACUGACAGAAGGGGUAUACUGAUAGAGAAAGAUAUGAUAGACAGGUGGACUGACAGAAGGGGUAUACUGAUAGAGAAAGAUAUGAUAGACAGGUGGACUGACAGAAGGGGUAUACUGAUAGAGAAAGAUAUGAUAGACAGGUGGACUGACAGAAGGGGUAUACUGAUAGAGAAAGAUAUGAUAGACAGGUGGACUGACAGAAGGGGUAUACUGAUAGAGAAAGAUAUGAUAGACAGAUGGACUGACAGAAGGGGUAUACUGAUAGAGAAAGAUAUGACAGACAGGUGGACUGACAGAAGGGGUAUACUGAUAGAGAAAGAUAUGACAGACAGAUGGACUGACAGAAGGGGUAUACUGAUAGAGAAAGAUAUGACAGACAGGUGGACUGACAGAAGGGGUAUACUGAUAGAGAAAGAUAUGACAGACAGGUGGACUGACAGAAGGGGUAUACUGAUAGAGAAAGAUAUGACAGACAGGUGGACUGACAGAAGGGGUAUACUGAUAGAGAAAGAUAUGAUAGACAGGUGGACUGACAGAAGGGGUAUACUGAUAGAGAAAGAUAUGAUAGACAGGCGGACUGACAGAAGCUGUAUACUGAUAGAGAAAGAUAUGAUAGACAGAUGGACUGACAGAAGGGGUAUACUGAUAGAGAAAGAUAUGAUAGACGGUAAGAUAAUCACCGAAUAGACAUUGACGAGGACAGAAAAUAACCCAAUCUAUUGGCCAGACAGACUCAAUCACCAAUAAACUGAA